AUGACGAAACAGAGUUCGCAUGGCGAUGUGCAAAUGCGAGACCUGCUUUCAGCCACCAUCUCAAAGUGUGUUCAGAUGCUGGCUGAUUGUACGAAGUAUUCUUCUUCUCCAAACGCUGCGAAGCAUCGAUUAUUAAUAAAUUUAAUGAAAUCGCGAAUACUUAUCGCUAGACUACUCGUAGCACUUCGUUUCAUGAAGUAUCCGUGUAUCAAAUUACUGAAUAAUGUUAAAAAGAAGGAAUUAAAUAAUAACGCGCAAAUUUGUAUCAAAGGAUUUCAAAACAUUUUACGACAGAUACAAGAAAAGCCAUUGGCCCCUCUAAAGAUAGAAGAUAUAGAAGACCUUACAGAAGCAAUAGAAAUUAAACAGAAUGAAGUUUUAAACGCGGAUUUUACAUUUCUCUUUAUGAACAAAAUUCCACAACGAUUAACAUUCCACAAAAUCGUUAAAAAUCGAGCAUACUUUGCAUGUAAAGGAGAAUAUUCAUUCAUUAUCCGAAAAUCAAAAAAUAACGCUUUUAAAUUGAAAUUAUUUACAAUUAACUGGCCACCAAAUCUUUCUUUCCCCGAUAUUUUAUUAAAAUACAUCUCCAAGCUUAUCCAAUAUUACUUAGAAACACCAAUUUCUGCAUUAACUAAUAUUGAUAACGUUUUGCACUUAAUGUACUCUACGGCGUCACUUCCUUUGUUAGCCAUUGAAUUUGAGAAGGUCUAUAAGCUGUUUAAUUACGUUCUAACACGAAAAACAAAUAAAUUAUUCAUCGCAUUCGGAAAGAAAUACGGUUUUCAUGGUAAAUUCAAGUUCGAAAUGGACCAUGAUGUACUUAAAAUCACCUCUUGUGCGCCUAUUUUCGUUCCAACAUCUUUAUUACCAAAUGAUCCCUUUGUUCCUACACAAUUCAUUGCAACACCACAUACAUUCGCACUUCCGAACUCUGGACCAGCCAUUCCGUCACUUUUUAUUAUCGGUUUACCAUAUGAAACUUUCAAAUAUGCGGAAGAAUUGCUCGGAUUCAUGCGUGACGUAUCUAUUUACACGCGUCUUCGGAACAUCUGGGAACCAUUGAUGAGAUCCCUUGCAUUAAUGGGCGGAUCUUUCCUAGAACCGAAAUUUGAAUACAAUAAAAAAGUCAGUUCUUUAUCAAGAAUCGAAGUUUACAACUCCGUUGGAUUCUAUCUAUUGAGUAUUACAUGCGAUGCGUAUACAGGAAGCUUGUUUAUCGAUAUCUACAAUACAAAAACGAAAUUACAUGAUAAUACGAUUUAUUCCAACGCGUAUCAGCUUGGCAGCAUGGUACAAGGUAUAGGAAUCAAUCUGGUAUUCAGAAUAGCAACAAGAAUCAUGACAAACAGCAUUAGUCCUUCAUCUUAUAAUAAUCCUUACAUUAAUUUCAUGUUGUCUUAUUCUAAUUACUUCUAUAUACACUACCAGUCAUCAAACGGAUAUCCAGCAUUCGAGAUUUACGAUAUCAAUGGAAAUUCUUAUAUUUGUCCUGAUAUUAUCAAAUCUCAAAAUUUAGCAACGGCAAAUUCAUGGAGAAAGUUGUCGGAAACGGCUAUUGCUGUCUGUAAUUUCAUUUUCAUCCUUGAAACAGAGCGUCUUCUUAAAGAAAAAGGCUUCAAAACUGUAAGAUCUCCUGUUUCUGUCGAAUUUCUGGCUUCCAACUUUAGUACGUGUAAGAUUUCGGUAAUAUCUCCAACUGCUUGGAAACUUACUGUAAAGAUUCAUUCUCCUUUGGUUCCUUUCUUGUUUGACAGCUCAUAUUCGGUAAUCGGGAGCAUAAAGAACGCAAGGAGUGCUGAACAGAGCGUUGAAUGCUUCAUGUUCUUUGCGAAAAUGUUCGAUAUUAUCGCCCAUUCUUCGUUUAUCCUUACAAAUAACUAUCAUGACAAAGAAUCUUGCUAUUUCAGUGGAUUUUUAGUUGACGAUACGGUAGGUAAUAUCGAAGUCAAGAAUUUGCCGCAAAUUGCUGGCUCAAACAAGAAAAAAGUCUAUUGGAAGUUGAUCAAUAAUUUUCCAUCUGUUUCCUCUGAAUUGUUGAUCGGCGGGGAAACGAAUUGGGUUUUAUCCGCGAUUUUAGAUCAGAAGAAUCCAAGUCCCCUGUUGGCCGGAUUCCUUGCUUCUUCGAGUCUUUUGAUGAAGAGGAUCAAGACAAACCUUAAUUCUAACUGGUCAAUCGUUCACCAAGGAAGUACAAACGUAUUUCACUUAAUUGCGUUCGAAAAGUACACGAUAAGCUGUGAGAUCCGACCAACUAACAUUGUCUUGAUAUACUGUUCACCUAUACCACCUGCAUCUUCAGUUUUGAUCCCUCUUUUGUCGGCAAAAGUUCUUGAAGCAGGAAAUGGCCGGACAAACAUCAGACUCCGGAUGUCACUCGACGAGCUGAUUAAAACAUUACCGAAAAUAGAGUUCUACCUCCGAAAGAUUGGCCAAUUCGCCGAAUGUGGAUUUAAAUUUAUUUACAGCCAGAUUCCUAGACCACAUAUGUCGAUUGAUGUUAACAAUAUGAAGGCAGAUAUCUAUUACGAUAGCAUCAAUUUAAGAUGUUCAGACCCCUCAAUUUCGGUAAUUUUACAAUCGCUUCCGACAACACCGGAGUUUGUUAUUUCCCUAUUAAAUAUUCCAAACCCACAAUUGCAAAAAUCGUAUUCUGUGGUUUUAUCUGCGGUGUUUUCACUUUCGAGUGAAUCUGCCGUGAUUUCCGCAAAAUCGGUUAAUUUCAGAGGAAAUAGAGUUUAUCUGAGUAUCUCUGGCUUCCCAUUCGAAAUUAUCGGAACGACAGCACGAUGCGGAGAAAUGUCGUUCAGGACAGAAGAUGUGAACGAAGUUAAAGCAGCCUUGGCCAAUUUGUUUUAA